AAUAAAAUCAAAAUGUAUCGUAAAAAAUAAACAGCUAUAAUGUGAAGACCGCCAUAUGUGAUUGACGAAUUAGUUUUUAUUUUUAAAUAAUAAACAAUAAAAGCAUUUCAGCAAAUUACUAGGCCAUGUAUUUCAACGACGAUGAAUUCGAAGAGGACGGUGACGACGAUUUGUACGAAGGAGUGUUGAAAGACAAAAAAUUGUUCACGGAAUCUUCUUGCGACAUAUGCUCCGAAUGCGAAAAACGUUGGGGAUGCGUGAACACAGAACUCCAUACCAAGAAACAGUUUAAAAAAGAAAUUCAAAAAUAUUAUGAAAAUCUUAUAAAAAGUGGAACGAUAUCAAUGUUUGUUGACCUCCUUGCUUCAGUAUACCCAAAACAAUUGAACAACUAUCUUUUCCUAGAUCAUGUCAUGGGAAUGGUGUCCCAAACUAAAAACGAACACCUCAAAAAAAAGAUCCAAACGCUUUUCGAACUCGAUGAAAAAAUCUCUGAGGAGAAGAUCAAACUGUCGAUGGCGAUCGGGAAGAAACAAUUCACCCGCGAGCUCAUCGAGCAGGUCACUGAAAGGCGGAAAAAGGCAAAAUUGGAAACGGAGAAGGGCCCGGUCACAGAGAGCCUGCUAAAUCUGAAAAAACAGUUGUGUGAACCGCAAUGUUCCAGACAACCUUCCAUGGUUCAGAACAAAAACACAUAAUAAAAAAAAUUCUUAAGAAU